UUUCCACUGCUUUUUGUGUUUUUUAUGUCCGCUCCGUGACGUCCACACCCAACUUCUCACGAAGCAUAAAAAAAAAGAGGACGGCAAUAAAAGGACAAAGGCGAGGCUGUGAGGACGUCAUAAACGCUCGCUGGUCUUCAGGUGUGAUCACACGCUCGCCCUCUCAGGUCUUCAGGUGUGAUCACACGCUCGCCCUCUCAGGUCUUCAGGUGUGAUCACACGCUCGCCCUCUCAGGUCUUCAGGUGUGAUCACACGCUCGCCCUCUCAGGUCUUCAGGUGUGAUCACACGCUCGCCCUCUCAGGUCUUCAGGUGUGAUCACACGCUCGCCCUCUCAGGUCUUCAGGUGUGAUCACACGCUCGCCCUCUCAGGUCUUCAGGUGUGAUCACACGCUCGCCCUCUCAGGUCUUCAGGUGUGAUCACACGCUCGCCCUCUCAGGUCUUCAGGUGUGAUCACACGCUCGCCCUCUCAGGUCUUCAGGUGUGAUCACACGCUCGCCCUCUCAGGUCUUCAGGAAGACGAAAAUGAAGUCCUGCUGUCUGCUCGUGUUGCUCAUCUGUGGCGCUCAAGCCCAAAGUGUCGCCAUCGAGGCGGCGCCAGGUGCGGACGUGCACGGAACCAUCCACACCGAGCUGGACAAGACCGUGUCUCUGCUAUGUCGCGCCCUCGAGGAGGGGGCGGAGCUGGUGUGGCGGAGGAACGGCGCCGUGGUCAGCCUGAAGGCGGAGAACCAGCGUGGCAACAGCAGCGUGUGCGUCACGCCCGUCCUCCACGAGGACAACGGCGCCACCUUCAGCUGCCACCUGGGGAAGAACGCCACCGUCCGGGACGCCGUCACUUUAAACGUCACAUUUCCUCCCGUGCUGUCAGGAUCUGAGGAAGUGUCCGUGGAGGAAAAGUCGCCGCUCGUCCUGAGCUGCCAAACCUUCGCCAACCCGCCCGUCUCGCCCCCCCUGUGGACCCUCAAUGGCAGCACAGUGGACCUCCAGGCGGGCAGCUUCUCUGUGACCAACGACGGCUCCACCAGCCGGCUGAGCUGCGGCGCCGUGGACAGAGGACUGCAUGAAGGCCGGUACCAGUGCACGGUGGACUCUCCUCUCCACGGAACCAGGACCAGGGUCUUCCGGGUCACAGUCACAGACAAGACCACCAAGUUCCCACUGACGCCCAUCAUUGCUGGCGUGGUGGUGGUCUUCCUCACGGGGGUCUUUGCCAUCUUCUCUCGCUGGAGCACAAUCACAAAGUGCUGCAAGUGAACAAACGUCAUGAAGAUUCCCGCUGGAGCGUCAGACUGUGAUUAUUACUCCCGGUUAUUUGGUGUCUAAUUUUAUACCCAGGUUAUUUAUAAAAGCUUCACAACAGGAAGCAAAUGUGGACGCAAGUUAGCUUAGUUUAAAGAGGAAGUCCUUCAAGUCUUGACACGUGUUUCUUGUUUUUGUCAUCUAAUAAGGUUGUAUUAGGUAUUUUGCCUCUAUUGUCACGCACGCGUUUACAUUUACAUGUAGCAUUUGACCAAUAAAGUCCUCCUUGUAAAAUGAUUGUUUUAUAUCAAAGGCAAAGGUUUUGUCGCAACAAAGUUGGGACGUUUUCACUUUUCCGCUGAACUUUAAAUCCUGACUCAAACGGCUCGUUAAA